UGGAGGGACUGCUGGGGUGGUGAGCAAGCAGAGCACCUGCGCAACAUCUGGCUGGGCAAACCGCAGUCCUGGUCUCAGAGCUACCAUGUCUGGAAGCAAAGGGGUGAAGAAGACUAGUCAACCUGUUGUCACCAUGGAUCCCUCAAACAUCAUCAAAGUCACUGUGAAGACCCUCAAGCAGAAGGAACAGUUUGAGGUUGCUCAGAGCAGCACCAUCCAGGAGUUCAAAGAAGAAGUUGCCAAGCGUUUUAAAACACUCCCUGGUCUUCUGGUCCUGAUAUUUGCUGGGAAGAUCCUCAAGGAUCAAGACACUUUGAGCCAGCAUGGAGUUAACAGCGGGGUCAGCAUCCAUGUGGUCAUCAGGUCCCAAAAGAGGCCACAGGAGAGCCAGGCAGAUCAAGGAAAUGCAACCACCCUGGUGGGACCUCCCAGCCACAGUGAUUCCAACUUAUUCUACUUGGGAAGCACACCUGAUCUGCGAGGCACAUACUUGAUCCAUCAUAGCUUGUCUAGGCUGUUGAUUUCCAGCCAGGAAAUAGUAGCUGAGACCAUGGAGGACCUCUUGUUAAAGAUCCUCACCUCUGGCCUGGAUGUGAACACCAUCAACAACAAUCCGUUUUUGCUGGGCUUCCUCCUUGGGGCUACAGGGGCAUAUCUCAUAGGCCUGGACCAAAAGGACGUGACGGACUUGAUGAGUAGCAUUCAAGAGGAAGAUGUGAAUGCCUUGCUAAGUGAGAUGAUACAGAACACCCUGGCACAGAAUGACCUUGACCGUGUCGAUCUCGUCAGGAAUCUCAUCAUGUCCAACCCUCAGAUGCAGCAGUUGACUGAGGAAAAUCCCGAGAUCGGUCGGAUUCUCACCAACACCAUCAGAGAAAUACUAGAGGCCCCCAACAAUCCUGCCGUGAUGCAAGAGAUGAUAAGGAACCGCGAUGUGGCCAUAAGCAACUUGGAAAGCAACCCUGGUAUGUACAGUACUCUGGAACAGCUAUACAGGGAAUUUGAGGAGCCCAUCCUCAACGCUCUGCAGGCCCAGCUGGGCAACAACCCCUUUGAGUCCUUGGACAGUCACCCCCCACCGAGUGGAGCCAGGCUACCAGCCCAUACCGAAAACUGCAGGCCCUUGCCCAACCCCUGGGCUCUGCAGUCGGACAGCAUCAGCGAUAACGCUGAUGACCAUGAUGGCCAAUUGACCAGCAGCAGCGAAGACGACGGUUUUGCCAUCCCGACCCUGGAUGCCGCGGCAGACGCAGCAGUUCCCAUCUCGGGGGGGGUUCAGAGCAUGGUCCAGCAGAUAACGGAAAACGCAGAACUCAUGCAAAACCUGGAGAGUGCGUUAACGAACCCCAACAGCCCGGUGCAGAGGCUGCUGAGCAGCCUUCACAUCUCAAGUGAUAGGAGUUCUCCACCUCAAGACCAGUGGGAGCAGCCGCUGCCACCGGAGAUGGAGGAUGCCGAGAUUUCCUCCUUGCUGAGGAACCCCAGGGCGCUGCGGGCGCUGCUGCAGAUCCAGCUGGGGCUGCAGACCCUCUCCAUAGAGGUCCCAGACUUCAUACUGAGUUUGAAGAGCUCGGGGGUGGACCUGGAGAGCAUGGAGGACUCGGCUCAAAGUAGCGAGUGUGAGGAGGAGGAUGAGGUUUUGAUGUCAGAUGAGUGUGAAGAAGAAAGUCAGAUGGUGACGGAUGAUGAGGUGCCACAGGCCAGGUUUGAGGGAAAAAUGGAGCAGCUCGUUGCCAUGGGCUUCCAGGACCAGGGUGCAAACCUGCAGGCACUGAUCGAUGCUGAGGGUGAUGUCAGCGCAGCAGCCGAAAUACUGGCGAAAGGACCACCACCCAAGGAGACACCAUAAGGGGGGUUGGUCCGAUCCCAGCAGUUCCAGUCCCUCC